GUCACUUGGGAGCCGUUUGACUACGUGCCGGAAGUGAAUGAAAAGGACAACGCGGUUUGCGACGUCACGUAUCAAAUGCAAAAAUGUCUGGGUCUGGAAACUUGUAAUGCUAAAAGUGAAGAUAGACGAAGAGAAAACUAAACUAAAAGUGAAUGAUAGACGGACUGCAUUACGCAGCUACGCAUGACAAUUUUUUUGGCCCCAUGUCUUUACGUAUUCCGCAUGGCAAACUGCCUUUUCGCGUGACAAGUGAGAGGGCUCUUUCGUGUCUAUGCAACACAGAUUCUCGAAUCAUGCCCGACAAGCAUGAGAAACUUGCGUUCUUCCAGACCCAGACACUUUUGCAUUUGAUAUCACGAAGACGAAACUUCUAACUUCCUCCGCCGAGUGCCAAGCCGCAGCUGCUACGAUGACGACGAGAACCGGUGGGGUAAUUGUUUACACCUGGGCGGGCACUUUGACGACUGCGGAUGAGCCGUUAGGUUGUUUGUUCUUUACCGCAUCGAGGGAAAUAAAGUACAAUUUUGGCGCAGCGACGGGGAUUCAGACAAAUUUUGCUUUAGGGAAGCAGUUCCGGAAGGCGGUUUGCAACAUUCCGUCGAUCAAUUUAAACACGAUUUCCUCAAC